AUGCUGGACAGAGGGAAGAGGGGGCGAGGGACAGGCGCCCUCGCUGGACAAAGGGAAGAGGGGGUGAGGGACAAGCGCCCUCGCUGGACAAAGGGAAGAGGGGGUGAGGGACAAGCGCCCUCGCUGGACAAAGGGGAGAAGGGACGAGGGACAGGCGCCCUCGCUGGACAAAGGGAAGAGGGGGCGAGGGACAGGCGCCCUCGCUGGACAAAGGGAAGAGGGGGCGAGGGACAGGCGCCCUCGCUGGACAACGGGAAGAGGGGGCGAGGGACAGGCGCCCUCGCUGGACAAAGGGAAGAGGGGGCGAGGGACAGGCGCCCUCGCUGGACAAAGAGAAGAGGGGGCGAGGGACAGGCACCCUCACUGGACAAAGGGAAGAAGGGACGAGGGACAGCACCCUCACUGGACAAAGGGAAGAAGGGACGAGGGACAGUAUCCUCGAGGAGACCAACAUCACCACCAACUCCCCCUUCCCCCCAGACCAGCAUCACCUCCAACUCCCCAUUCCCCCAGACCAACAUCACCCCAACUCCCCAUUCCACCCAGACCAACAUCACCCCCAACUCCCCAUACCCCCAGACCAACAUCACCUCCAACUCCCCAUUCCCCCCAGACCAACAUCACCUCCAACUCCCCAUUCCCCCCAGACCAACAUCACCACCAACUCUCCAUCCCCCCAGACCAACAUCACCUCCAACUCCCCAUUCCCCCCAGACCAACAUUACCUCCAACUCCCCAUUCCCCCAGACCAACAUCACCUCCAACUCCCCAUUCCCCCAGACCAACAUCACCCCCAAUUCCCCAUUCCCCCCAGACCAACAUCACCUUCAACUCCCCAUUCCCCCCAGACCAACAUCACCUCCAACUCUCCAUUCCCCCCAGACCAACAUCACCCCCAACUCCCCAUUCCCCCAGACCAACAUUACCUCCAACUCCCCAUUCCCCCAGACCAACAUCACCCCAACUCCCCAUUCCCCCCAGACCAACAUCACCCCAACUCCCCAUUCCCCCAGACCAACAUUACCUCCAACUCCCCAUUCCCCCAGACCAACAUCACCCCAACUCCCCAUUCCCCCCAGACCAACAUCACCCCAACUCUCCAUUCCCCCCAGACCAACAUCACCCCAACUCCCCAUUCCCCCAGACCAACAUCACCCCCAACUCCCCAUUCCCCCCAGACCAACAUCACCUCCAACUCCCCAUUCCCCCCAGACCAACAUCACCUCCAACUCCCCAUAUCUAGCCAUUUGA